AUGUUGCUGAUAGUAAACUCUGAGAAAGGAGGGGAGAGUGGUGGAUGGAAAGGAGGGGUCUGCUAGCUAAAAGUUAAUUAGUCCAACACAGUGCAAGGGCAUGCAGUGGGCUUUUGAGGAGGGUCAGUGCUGGAUGGGACCAAACUUUUCCCAAACCACCCUUCUGCUGUUUCCUGCAAUCGUCUAGACUCCAAGGAGGGCUAGAUGAGUUGUGAUUCACUGGCUGUGGUCAGCCUCUCUUCUUGGAGCCGGUUACUGGUUUAAAGUUGAGGGGCUUCCUGCCACUGGGAAUUAUUACAAGGCAUCACCAUGACACUUCUGGGGUCUGAGCAUUCUAUGCUGAUUCGGAGCAAAUUCAGAUCAGUUUUACAGUUGCGGCUCCAGCAGCGAAGAAGCCGAGAGCAGCUCACCAACCAAGGAGUCAUGCCUCCAUUGAAAAGCCCCUCUGCCUUCCAUGAGCAAAAGAAGACCUUGGAGAGAGCUAAGACUGAAGAUUAUUUAAAGCACAAGAUCCGAAACAGACCUGCACCCUUAGAGCUGACUGAUAUGCACAUUUUACAGGAUUCAGCCACAGAGGGGUCCAUUCAAGCUUCACAGAUGAAACUAAAAAGAGCCCGUCUUGCAGACAAUCUGAAUGAAAAGAUUGCUCUUAGGCCAGGUCCUCUGGAGCUGGUGGAGAAGAAUAUCAUUCCUGUUGACUCAGCUGUGAAAGAGGCCAUCAAAGAUACCCAGGUGACUUUCUCAAAAUCCUCAGAUGCCUUUGCUUUUGAAGAAGACAGCAGCAAUGAUGGGAUGUCCCCAGAGCAAGUCAGAAGUGAGGAUUCUGAGGGAUUCACAGAAUCAGCAGCAGGAACCAAAAUUUCAGAAACAGCAUUCCCCUCAAUGUCAGGGACAACUCAGGAUCAUUCCAGUGCCUCUGAAAAUGAUACUACUGAUAUAACAUCUCAGCAGAAUAGCCGGCCAGAAAGUCCAAAAGAGAUGAAUGGGCAACAGACACCUCCUGUGCCUAUUGCCACAGCAGCAAAGUCUAAAUCGUCAAGUGACAGCAAGAACCGCCACAAAAAGCCCAAGGAGGCAAAGCCCAAAGUGAAGAAACUUAAAUAUCACCAGUACAUUCCUCCUGACCAGAAAGCCGAGAAGUCUCCUCCGCCCAUGGACUCGGCCUACGCGAGGCUCCUUCAGCAGCAACAGCUCUUUCUACAGCUUCAGAUCCUCAGUCAGCAGCAGCAGCACCGGCACCAUCCUUUCAACUAUCCUGGCUCUCAUUCCAGUCAACUGAAACAAUCCAGUGAGCAAGCGGCCAAAACCACGAACUCUUCCCCAACAGCUGUUGCUAACAGUCCUCUUUCUCCUGUGAAAGGCACCUUUUCGGGACAGCCCUGCAUUUCUACUCUCAAACCAGGUCCUUUGCCAUCCAAUUUGGAUGACUUAAAAGUGUCAGAGCUGAGGCAACAGCUCCGAAUAAGAGGACUUCCUGUGUCCGGUACAAAAACAGCCCUGAUGGAACGUCUGCGGCCUUUCCAAGAAUGCAGUGGUGGUUCAGUGCCCAGCUUCAAUGAAAUAACUACAGUCACCUUCCCAGUGACUCCAACAAGCUCUCUGUCCAGCUACCAGUCCCAGUCCUCAGCCAGUCUGUUAUCCAAUGGAUUUUACCACUUUGGCAGCACCAGCUCCACACCGCCCAUCUCCCCAGCUUCUUCCGACCUGUCAGUGAAUGGUUCCUUACCAGACACCUUCAACGAAGGACCCAUGUCUUCCCCACAGUUCGUCUUGCAUCCUUCCCCUGUGCAGAGUGGGUGUGAAGAGAGCUUGAUAGGGAGCCAUAAUGGAGCUGGCAUCCAGCUUGAAGUGGAAAGAGUCGAUACAGAGAAAGACAAGAUGCUGGUGGAGAAGCAAAAGGUCAUCAAUGAGCUCACCUGGAAAUUGCAGCAAGAGCAGAGGCAAGUGGAAGAGCUGAGGAUGCAGCUCCAGAAGCGCAAAAGGAGCCACGGAGCAGAGGAGAAGCAACCCUCAGCACAUUUUUUUGGCUUUCCAAUCAAGCAAGAAAACACAGCAUCCAGCUGUCCAUUUGCAUCCAAGCAAACUGCCUUGAAGGUGCAAACCAGCAGCUCUGAUACACUGAACAAUUGUGGGCCGCCUCAGCUCCCCCGCCUUGUAAAUAGCCAUUGCAUGGAAUCCUCAGGGCAAAAUGGUAUGCUAUCCUCCACAUUCCUAAGCCCACAGUGCUCUCCUCAGCAUUCACCACUAGAGGCAGCAAAGAGCCCACAACACAUCAGUCUUCCACCCUCACCAAACAGCCAUUACCUCCUCUCGGUGUCCCCUAACAUUCAAGGUGAAGGGCGCAGUAGUUCUCCACAGAGUAACAGCCAUCUACACACCACUUCGAUGCCAACGCAGGGAGGCCAGAAGUAUUCUACUCUGUCAGCCAACUUCUGUAAGUCAAAUGUUGCCCUGUCAGAAGGAAAACAGCCUCCACCAUAUGCUGAUGCAGUGAAGCAGCAGAUGACCCGAAGUCAGCAGAUGGAUGAGCUGUUGGAUGUGCUCAUCGAAACUGGAGAAAUGCCUGCAAAUGCCAAAGAUGACCGUCCUUGUCUUCAGAAAGUGCCCCAGAUAACAGUGUCUUCAGGGACCUCUGGUACAUCCACCUUACUAAAGGCAUCAUCUGUUUUUGAGCAAGGCCCUUCAAGUCAGCUGUCCUUUGAACAUGGCCCUGGCAACAAUGAGAACCAUCUUGAAAUCUUGUUAAAUUCCCACAGCCCGCUAGGGCGAACAAAUGAGAUCACCCUUCUGAAGGUAGGUGGUGAAGAGCCUCACUUUGAAGGGGUGAUGGAAGGAUUUUCCAGCAAAACUGCUGAUGAACUGCUCACACCUCAUGAGAUCCUGCCGACACCCCUCUCACCCAUGGAGACUCAACUGUCUCCCUCUUCUGGUGAAGGAUCUGGUUUGCACAUGAGCUUCACAGAGUCUCCCUGGGAAACAAUGGAAUGGCUGGAUCUCACUCCACCUAGCUCAGCCAAUGGUUUUGGUUCCCUCACCACCACAGGCCCCAGCAUCUUCAACAUUGAUUUCUUAGAUGUGACUGAUCUCAACUUGAACAGCACAAUGGAUCUGCACUUACAACAGUGGUGAACAAAAUGAGCCCUACAGGUGGUUAUGUAGCUGCCCAUAAAUGAUUUCCACAAAUGGGACUGAAGAGACUAAACCAAAGAGCUAUAGUACCAUCCAGGGAGGAGAAACUGGAGUCAUUGUUUCUCUGGACAUAAAUGUACUUUUUUUCAUUACAAAUGGACUAACCAAAUGAUCCCACAUCCCACUUACAAACAAGCAACCCCAAGCAAAAGAUGUGCCUCCUAAUUAAGCAAAUUCACAUCACAGAAGUCUUCCAAAUGGUUUCCAAGGGCAGUUCCCUUUGCAGUAGAACUAAACUUGGCAUGCCCAUGUCCAUUUAAUCCCUAAUACAUAAACCAGCCCUUAUGACAUGCACUAUACUGUCCCCACUACCCACUGUAGGCAGACCACUAUUUACUGCUAGCAGACCCUUUCUGGCUCUUAGCACACUGUUUGGAAAACCUUUGUCCUCAGCAUAUCUAGUAUUCUUUCUCUAAAAACCAGCCUCCUGCUAGGCAGCAUGAGCCUCAAUUGGUGACUUUUUUCAUUACUAUCAUAGGUUUCCUGAGCAUCUCUCUCAUUCUCUGCCUUGUCUUGUGUUUCUCCAGUUAUAAAGGCACAGUGCACCAGAAUCAGUGCACUGUGAUUUAUUCUACCUGAAAAGAAUAGAUCCGAGAUAACUAGUUUUGGUUUCCCACAAAAUGUGUUUUCAGGUACAUUCCUCCUUUGAUCAUUUUCUAAAUCAGUUUAUAAAUAAAGCACAUAUGGCCAUAGCUAUAGCUACUGGAGUUGUCUUGCUGGGGCGGCAGGGAGCAGAAUGCCUUCUAGCAAUUUUGUCUAGAAAUGAGAAUGAAUAGGCAGAGUAUCUCCGAACACUGCUAGUGCUUAGCCACCUGUGCUUCCCAAGCCCCUGUCUUCCCCUUCUGAAAGAUGAAGCAGGGUAGUUGUUGUUUACUACUGAUGCCUCAGUUGAAUCAACUGUGAAAAACGUUUCUCAGCGUAAUUUAGUCAGGUUUGGGAAAAGGCUUUCUAAAAACACGGUUUGUUCUGUUGUGGCCUUUCAGUUUACAUUUGCUUCUGAGCUAUAAAUUUAUGUAGCUGCAGCGGUAAGUCUGAAAAUGGAAGGCAAACAGAAUCCUUCUAUCAUGUACAUCCUGUUACAAGAAGACAAAGCAAAACAAAAUUCCAGAAAAUGGCAGUUACAUUAAACCCCUGAAUCUUCUUGCUGUAUUCCAAAUCAAAGGAUUUCUGCUCCCUGUGAGAUGAACCUCCACUGCCCUUGAGGACUAUAUCUGUUCUCCCCCCCGACCCCUUUUCAUAUGAACUCACCCCACAAAACAUCCCAUCCUUAAGGACAUCUGUCCCAUAUUCUAUGCCCAAAUGCAAGAAAUAAUCUCACCGAAAUCAUAUUCAAGUGCCUUUGAUUUCCUCGGCCUACUGGAAAAAAAAGAUUCCAGUAUUGUGGACUGGAAGCAGCCGUGUAGUAUGAGACUCAAAUUGAUGACAUUCUAGUGCCUUAGCCAUUACUCUGUUCAGGACUUUCUGCUGUUGAAUCCGUCAUGAAGGAAGCUAUAGGAGAAGUCCCCUGCAAAAUAUCCUGGAGAACAGCUGUGAAUCCACAAAUCAAGGAGGAGCGUGUUCUUCUAAGCCAGUGGAGCACUAGCGUGUUUAUUUUUUUCUGAAAGGUUGUGCACUGCAAUUCAGAAAGGUCUGUCAACACUGGUAGGGGGGAAAGCUCACUCCCCGCGGGGGGCCCCCCCCCAAAUCUAUUGUUAAGUUUCUAUCAAACGGCUUGGGGCAGCUUUCUAUAUAAGAACCAAUUCUGAGAAAUUUUAUCAACCAAUCUAACUAAACUUAAGUAUGUUACAAAUAUGUAUAUACCAAUCAACUGUAUUGAAUAUGUGUGUUACUGGAAGGAUCAUUUGUUGGAAAUCAAAAGUGCUCGGAAAGGACUGUGUGCCCUUCAAUACCUUCUUGGCUGAAGGUCAGCAUGAACUGUGCCAGGAGAGUGGUUUUUGCAGACCAAAUGCGUAUGAAACUUUAGCUUCAGAAAGUAGCAAAACUUCUGGGGCUUGAGUGGGGAAAGAUUCACAGUUGGCUUUAAUAUUGCUGCAUGUUGUAUAAAAAAAGUUUUGUUGUUAAGAUCACUAUUUAAAAGCAUGAUUUUCUAUUGUACAAAUUGUUCACAGUGCACUGGUAGGAUAGAGUAAUAUUUCACAUGUUUGUUUUUGUUUACUUUGUAAUUUUAACAAGCAAAAAUUUAGAAGUCAUUCCAUGGAGAGUUUUUAAAGGCACUUGACCCCAGACUAGUUUUAGGUGCUACACUGUCAUGCGGUACAGAGCUUUAGGGAUAGCAUUUAAAGGGAUGCUGUCAGCUACUGAAAUAACCACACACACUGUAAAUAAACACAUUGCCUUACCUCUGUGACCAGCACUGCCAUACUUAUUAAAAGAAUC